UUUCCGCUAAAUUUGGCGGCAUUAAAACCGCUAACCUCAUCUCUCUCCUCUGUUUCAAGUCAUGACACUACACAUCACUCUCUUUCUCUCUCUAAAUCAUGCGUUUAGCAGUUGAUAUAUAUCCUACAUUUUCAGUUUAGAGAGAGAGAGACAGAGCAUCACCCAAUACAUGGACGACUCUUCUCACUCCACCCUUUCUCUCUCUACCCUUCUCUGUCAAGAACCCGGAACACCCUGUUUGGCUGAUCAUCAACACACUUCCAUCAGCUUAAACAUGUGCCACUCUUCAUCAGAAGAAGAUGAUGACGAUGAUGAAUAUCUACAAGUGUUGCUUCAGAGAGAGAUCGGUUUCGGAUUCAAAACCCACCAAUUUUCACGAGAUCACAUGAUUAAAUGUGCUCGAUUAGAUGCUAUCACAUGGAUUCUUAAUACCAGAGCAUUGUUCAGAUUCCGCUUCCAAACAGCUUACUUGUCUGUCACUUACUUUGAUCAAUUCCUUUCAAGAAGAGUCAUUGAUAGUGAGAAAUCUUGGGCUAUUAGAUUACUAUCUGUGGCAUGUCUUUCACUGGCGGCAAAGAUGGAGGAAUGCAGAGUUCCGGCAUUGUCGGAGUUUCCGGUGGAGGAUUACAGCUUUGAGAGCAGAGUGAUUCAAAGAAUGGAGCUUUUGGUGUUGAAUACAUUGGAAUGGAAAAUGGGAUCAAUCACUCCUUUUGCAUAUAUACAUUGCUUCAUCACAAAGUUGUGCAAGGACUCAUUACCAAAGAACAUAGUGUCUAAAAUUGUACAACUCAUCUUGGCUUUAAUGAGAGAUGUGAAUUUAAUGGAUCAUAGACCCUCUGUCAUAGCUGGGGCUGCAACAAUGGUGGCAUUGGACCAAAAGUUAACAAGACAGACUUUGGAAUGUCAGAUCAAUGCCUUGAGUCCAACUCCAUUUCUUGAAAUUGAGGAUGUGUUUUAUUGCUACAAUCGAAUGUUGGAAUUGGAUUCGGAGGAAAUUAAAGUAGUUAAGCGUGUAUUGUCUCCGGAGAUGUCGUCUAUCCAAUUGGGAGGGAAUGAUGUCUUUGAAAAUUCUUCGAUUAGUUGUGAUGUUAGCGCGAAAAGAAAGAGCGUUGCGUUCGAGUUCGACGAUUGUCAUCAAAAUUGUGUCGUACCUGAAGAGAAGCGACAACGAUAAUUGUUAAAGAUUAUAUUGAUCUAACAAGUGUUUUGAUUUUUCAUCAUUUCUUGGAUAUGAUUUGGAGUUGAUUGAGUGUUUCAUCAAGAAGAAGGAAAAGGAAGAGGAAAGAGGAAAGAGGAAGAGAAGAGAAAAGAAAAAUGAAAAGCAAGGGCUUGUGGGUUAUAUAAGAAAGCCAAUUGGGUGAAGUACAAAGCCACAAGGUGUGGAAAAAAAGCCCUAAAGUUGGAACUUGAAAGCUGAGCAUGUACUAGAGUCAUUCUUAGGUUUUUUUUUUUUUUUUUUUUUUUUUUUUUUUUUUAUAUAUAUAUCUUUGUUUUGUAUCUCUUUUGGGUUUUUAUUUAUUUUUAUUUUUUUUUAUAAUAUCUCUUGCAACCCUAACUUUUGAUGGGUGUGCUUGGGAUGCUUUUUCUAGUGUCUUUGAAAAGGGCAAAGGCAACGAGGAGUGAGGAAGAGGAAGUGAGGAGGGAGGAGGUGUUUGGGUGAUUUGAUGCAUCUAUGUUGUAUGUUGGCCAAUGAAAAAGGGUUUGUAAAGCUGAAUUUGCUUGGAUUUGUUUGAAUGUUUGGGGGAUGCCUUUUGAGGUGGGGUCCACUGCUGUGCUCUUUUUUGAUGUGAAGCUUUCUUGGCCUUGUGUUGAGGGGUCAUGAAAACCAAGACCAUUGUUUAUGGGAAUUGAAAGGAAUUUCUAUGUUGAUUUUA